AUUGUCGUUAAACGGCUACCGUCGUUAAACUACUCCGUUCGUCCCCUUCCCUAAAACCCUUCUCUUAUACCCCACGAAGAGAAAUUUUCUCAGAGAAAGUUAAGAAGAAGAGAAGAUCAAAUCACUACAAAAAUUGUAACUUUUUCAAAAGAUCCAAUUUUUAGUUGAUCUCUCUUCUCUAAUCGUUCUUGUCAGCAUCAAUUUUUCCAAAGACCCCAUCUUUUCGGAGACAUGCUAGGAAGAAAGUUCAUUUCUUUGUUCAAGAAUUCCACAAAACCAAAGCUUUCUAGUUCUGUAAAGUCUGUGAAUGAAGAGAAGACCAAUUCAUUUGGUCGUAAAGCUGUGUCUUUUAUUUUGAUUACUGUUACAGGUGGUGUUGCUUUGAGUGCUCUUGAUGAUCUUACUAUUUAUCGUAGUUGUAGCAGCAAGGCUAUAGAGAAAAUGAGGAACAGUCAGGAAAUUAAAGAUGCUUUAGGGGAGCCUAUUGUAAAGGGUCCAUGGUACAAUGCCUCACUUGCAGUAGCUCAUAAGAGACAGUCUGUUUCUUGCACAUUCCCGGUUUCCGGUCCACAAGGCACAGGAGUCUUGCAGUUGAAGGCAGUACGUAAUGGAGAGGAGACAUGGUUUUCCUUUUUGCGUCCUCGCGACUGGGACAUUAUAAUCAUGGAUGCACUCCUUCAUGUUCCCGGGAACAAUGAGAAGAACCGAACAUUUCGUGUCAGUCUCUCAGAUUACUUUCCUCCUCCAUCCUCUACAGCAUGCACAGAAUGCAAACCGCCACAAGAAUUGGAUAACCAAGAUAAGAAAUGAAAGCAAUCGGGUCUCGUGAGUAUACUAGUCUUUAUUUUCCUCAAUACAAAUCACAGUGUUUCAAUCAAGUAAACUAGGCUGGCCAAGCUCCAUGUUCCAAGUCAUGGGAAUACAUUUUUUUGUUUACACUCUUUGAGAGCAAAGCAUUAUUGUUAUUAGACCAAUUUCAUUGUUAUGCAAAGUUCUGAAAUAAAGUUAUCUUUCUUUGUUGUUA